UCAGUAAACUAACACUGAUGCGUUGGGUGACAAGGCACCACGUGAAGGAUUCAGUGUUGGACGGCAGCGAACCAGUGAUGGCCGCCUACGGGAUGUCGUCCUUCGAGUACCAAGGCACCGAUCCACGCUUCAACAAGGUGUUCAACGAGGCCAUGCAAAGCCACUCCACCAUCAUGAUCAGCCGACUGCUCCGCACUUACGGCGGCUUCGACGACGUGGAAGUGCUGGUCGACGUCGGCGGCGGCGUCGGCACCACCCUCGGCAUGAUCACUGCCAAGCACCCCCGCAUCAAGGGCAUCAACUUCGACCUCUCGCAUGUCAUCUCCGAAGCACAACCCCUGCCAGGUGUGCAGCACGUUAGCGGAGACAUGUUCGAAGCUGUUCCCCGCGGAGAUGCCAUUUUUCUCAAGUUGAUUCUUCAUGACUGGAGCGAUGAGAAUUGUGUAAAGCUAUUGAAGAACUGUUGGAAAGCUCUGCCGGAGAAAGGGAAGGUGAUUGUGGUGGAAUGUGUUCUUCCAGCCGUUCCAAAGCCGACUCCGAGAGACCAAGGCAUCUUCCAGUUAGAUCUGUGCAUGGCGACCUACAACAUCGGAGGAAAAGAGAGAACGGAGGAGGAGUUCCAAGGGUUGGCAAGGGACGGUGGGUUUACCGGAUUCAAAGCUCUUCAUUUGUUUGCAGAUACGUGGGUCAUGGAAUUCACCAAGUAG